CCCAUCUUUUUCGUCGCACACACCGCUCCACUAUCGAACAUCAAUCGGCCCUUCUAUUCAUUUCCCCAUUCUUCCGCCUCUUCCUUCUCCAAUAAACCACCAUUAAUUGCUUGCUUUCUCCCGCGCUCACUCUUUUGGCUACAUACACACUCUGCAAAUCGUUAAUUAAAACACCUCCGCUCCACGAAGCCAAGAACUAUCCCACAUUCAAUGUCCUCCAUGCAGAGCUCGCAGGCCCAGCAUUUGGGAAUUAGCAGCAACGACGGCGAUAUCAUCAUGGCCGAGCAAGAGGCAAAGCUCCACAGCAAGUACGGCAGCUUACCGCUUUUCACAAGGAGUCUCGGCCACCAACAGCGGAAAUAUUUCGAUUCAGGCGACUAUGCCCUCUCCAAGGCCGGCAAGGAGGUAACGGUUGGUUCUGGACACCCCCAACCGGAGGACAUCCCUCACUCUGUGCCCCUCAAUCGUGUCUAUGGAUCGAUUCCCUCACGACGAGGGUCGCUCAUGAAUACGGCGGCCCUUCCAAGCUAUGGUGCCGAGCAACAAGCUUAACUUGGACUGGCGGUCUUUUGGUCAACAUUCAUCUCAUUUCGGUCUCUUCUAAGGCAUAUAUACAUAGCACACAUCCACAGCACACAUCCACAAGAUGUUCCGAACAGUACCAAGAAAAAAAAUCCUUGUCCUCUUUCUCAGCUCCCCACUACGUUGUCGUCGUCGUCCCUUGUCCAGUCCAUCCGUUCUAAAAAAAAAAAAAAAAAAAAAAAAA